AUGGAUCUCAGGAGGCCGGCGAGCCCAGUGUAUGCCCGCCAAUGGAGCCGAUCAUCUAACAACACGGAAUCGAGAUCGCCGUCGAUGUCUCCUGCUCACCGGAAGCAGCUCAAUGGCGCCGGAGGUCUAUCCACCGUCAGACGGACCCAGAACGUAGCCACAAAGGAGGCGGCUCAACGGUUGGCUAAAGUUAUGGCCUUACAGCACAAGCACACUGACGACGAAGAUGAUGACGACGAUGAAGACAACGAAUUCAAAUUCGCAGUUCCUUCUUCUGUAACCACUAACUUACCGGCGGCGGUUCCUUCCUCUCGCCGGAAUCGAUCGCAGUCUCCUGCGAUAGGAAGAAACACGACGGAGCAAGUGAGUUCGGUGCGGUCAUCAUCUGCGGGAAGGCCAUCGACGUUUGGUAGAGCCAGAGCUCCGAGUGCUUCUCCGAAUUGGAUGCCGCCUAGGACGAAUUUGAUUCCUCCGGUGGCUAUUCAUCCGCCUGACAGAGAUCAAAGAUAUUUUGAUGAUCAUCUACGCUUGUUAGAUUCGAGAGGUAAAGGUUAUCAACGGGAAGCUUCAUUUCUUCGUGAUGAAGUGGAUAUGCUGCAAGAGGAGAAUGAGAAUGUAUUGGAGAAGUUUCAUCUUGCCGAAGAAAAACGCAAGGAAGCAGAAGCCAAGACUAGAGAGCUGGAGAAACAGGUUGCUUCUCUUAGUGAAGGAGUGUCUCUGGAGGCCAAAUUGAUAAGUAGGAAGGAAGCAGCAUUGCGCCAAAGAGAGAUUGCUCUUAAGGCUGCUCAAGAGAAAAAAGAUGAGAAAGAAGAGGAAAUUGUCUCCCUCCGUUCGGAAAUUCAGAACAUGAAGGAUGAGGCAGCAGCAGCUGCAGAACAGCUUCAAGAAGCAGAGUCUGAAGCAAAGGAUCUUCGUACGAUGAAUCAGAGAAUGGUUUUAACACCGGACGAAAUGGAGGAAGUAGCCUUGAAGAGAUGCUGGCUUGCCCGAUAUUGGGGUUUGGCAGUGGAGCAUGGUAUUUGUGCUGACAUAGCAGCAUCUAGGCAUGAAAUUUGGUCGGCUUUAGCUCCACUUCCAUUUGAGCUGGUCAUAUCUGCAGCACAAAGGGCCAAAGAGUCGUCUCCUGAUCAAGGUGGGAGUGAUGAGAGCCAGACUGAUAGAUUUCUAAGUGAGCUAACUGGAGAAGGAAAUAUCGAAAGUAUGCUUUCAGUGGAGAUGGGUUUGAGAGAACUAGCGGCCUUAAAGGUUGAGGAUGCCGUUAUGCUUGCAUUCGCCCAGAAAAGAACACCGAGUUUGAUUCGUCAAGAUUCAAGAGGGCAUGGAGAACUAAGAUUUGUAGAGGCAUACGAACUCAAAGAAGGGGAACAAGAAGAUGUUUCCUUUAAGCAGGCGUGGCUAACGUACUUUUGGGCUAGAGCCAAGCUGCACGGUGUGGAAGAAGACAUUGCUGAUGAACGUUUCCAGUUUUGGAUCAGCCGUAGUGAAGGACAAGGACAAUCUCCUACUUCUCAUGAUGCCAUUGACGUGGAACGAGGUAUGUUAGAGCUAAGGAAACUAGGAAUAGAGCAGAAACUAUGGGAAGCUUGCCGCAAAGAAACCGAUCAGCCUCUUCCAUCUUCUUCCUCUACCUCUACUCUCUCAAAUCAAAACCUCGAUGCUAAUUUAUAG